AUGGCACCCAACACGUCAAUUUCCAAGCACUACAGAGAUAUGCGACGGUUUUGGCCAUCCAAGAAAGACUCGAGCCAGCAGAUGGCGUUCGCUUUUCUUCUCGUCACUCAGCUUCCCUUUCCAAACGGGGUGGUUCCCCGUGUCGUCAGGUCUCAAUUUCUGGAAAUGUUUGCGUCAAACACCGAACGCGCCGAACAGAUUGCCAACGCCUGCGCGAACGGCCCAGCGAUCGACUCGCUCGUCAUUCUGCUUCGCCUCCUUUUGGCGCUCGGUCUCGACCCACGGCUAAGCAGACAAUACCCGCUCUUCAAGCUGGCAUUUCACGACUUUGGCCGUAAAAUGGUGGAUGACUACAUUGUGAAAGGGGAACUACUAGACAUUCUGUAUCCAAAUGCGGUCGGCCCGGCUAACCGUGUCCACCAAAAAACGACCUCCUUUGAACAACCAGUCGAAGCGAACGAGUUUGAACGCGUGCAAGCGACCCUGGGCGAACUGCUCAAGCAUCCCCUCGUCUCCGCGGCGCUGUGGUCUCACCCAUCUCUGCGAUUCUUUCGGUGGCGCACAUGGGCCAAAAAGCCAGGAGAAGCCGUCUUUGCGCCCUACGAGCUCAGCAAGGCGCAGCCCGGAGCAUUAUCUUCCCUGCAGCGAACCCCUUACCGGAUCGAUAAUCCGCAUCCCAUCGACCUCGGCGAGUACUUUUCCCGGCACCUGGGCAUCCGGGACAAAAACGACGUCAGCAUCGCCUUUGCGUGCGAGUUCCCAAUCGUCAUCCCUGUCAUCAUGAGGGGCGUACAAAAGUUUGACAGCAUCCGCUCCUUCGUCGUCGAGGGUCCGUACGAUUACCAGUGGCACAAAAACGGCACCCUGUCGCCCCUCACAAAGUCCCGAGCCUACCGCCUCCGCGCGGUUCUCAACCUCGCCGAGAGCGACGUUCGCAUCUACCACCAGGACACCAGCCCGGUCAUCGAGCAGCUGGACCCGGAUUUAAUAGCGGCCUUCAAGAAUCCCGGCGAGCCUUACGUGCCAAAGGAGGCGUAUCUACCAAAGCUGCACCGCGGGGAGCAUGCUAGGGGAUGGACGUUUGAGGACAGCCCGACCCGCCACUUCCUGCUCAUCUAUGCCAAGUACCGCACCGAGAAGGACAAGCCGUUCGAGAAGCAUAGGGUAGAUUUCGGUGAAUACAUCCCGGUUCUACGGGGCAAUGGUGAGCAGCGACCGGCGUCAAGCCCGUACGUUCGUCUCGGAGAGGAACAGCCCCCGCCGAAUCAUUUCCUCUAA